CGGGGGAGCUGCCACUUGGAGGCGCCUGGCCGGGAAGGGCCUGGUCAGCUGUGUCCGGCGGAGGCAGCUGCUGACCCAGCUGUGGAUUGUGCCAGGGGCGGAAGGGGAGCAGGGGCCCUGCGCCCCCCGUGGCGGGGGGUUGCAUCAUGGAUCACCUCUGGGCGCCCCUCUGGCCUGGAGUCGGCUCUCUCUGUCUCUUGCUCGCUGGGGCCGCCUGGGCUCCCCCACCCAACCCCCUGGACCCCAAGUUCGAAAGUAAAGCGGCCCUGCUGGCUGCCCGCGGGCCCGAAGAGCUUCUGUGCUUCACCGAACGGUUGGAGGACCUGGUGUGCUUCUGGGAGGAAGCGGCAAGCGCCGGGGUCGGCCCCGACAACUACAGCUUCUUCUACCAGCUCGAGGGCGAACCGUGGAAGCCAUGCAGCCUGCACCAGGCGCCCACGGCUCGCGGCGCUGUGCGUUUCUGGUGCUCGCUGCCUACGGCCGACGCGUCGAGCUUUGUGCCCUUAGAGCUGCGCGUCACAGCCGUAUCCUCGGGCGCUCCACGCUAUCACCGUAUCAUCCACAUCAACGAAGUGGUGCUCCUGGACCCCCCCGCGGGGCUGCUGGCGCGGCGGGCCGACGAGGGCGGCCACGUGGUACUGCGUUGGCUCCCGCCUCCUGGAGCCCCCGUCGCAAGUCUGAUCCGCUACGAAGUGAACAUCUCCUCAGGCAACGUCGCAGGGGGCGCUCAGAAGGUGGAGAUCCUGGAUGGCCGCACUGAGUGCGCACUGAGCAACCUUCGCGGCCGAACGCGCUACACUUUUAUGGUUCGCGCGCGUAUGGCUGAGCCGAGCUUCGGUGGCUUCUGGAGCGCCUGGUCCGAGCCUGCGUCGCUGCUGACAGCUAGUGACUUGGACCCUCUCAUCCUGACGCUCUCACUCAUCCUCGUGCUCAUCCUGCUGCUGCUGGCCGUGCUCGCCCUGCUUUCCCACCGCCGGACUCUGAAGCAGAAGAUCUGGCCUGGUAUCCCAAGCCCCGAGAGUGAGUUUGAGGGCCUCUUCACCACCCACAAGGGUAACUUCCAGGUAGGUGGCCUGGCUGUCCCCUCGGGGCCUGGGGUUUCCCUGCUCCUGUGGCUGAACCGUAGGUCUCUGAGCAGGCCGGUGCUGUUUCCCCAGCUGUGGCUGUACCAGAAUGAGGGCUGUCUUUGGUGGAGCCCCUGCACUCCCUUUGCAGAGGACCCACCCUCCCCCCUGGAAGUCCUCUCUGAGCGUUGCUGGGGGGCUACCCAGGCAGCGGAGCCGGGGGCAGAGGAGGGGCCCCUGCUGGAGCCGCUGGGCAGUGAACAUACCCAAGACACCUACCUGGUGCUGGACAAGUGGUUGCUGCCCCGGAACCCACCCAGCGAGGAUCUCCCGCGGCCUGAUGGCAGUUUGGACAUGGUAGCCAUGCAUAAAGGCUCAGAAGCCUCCUCCUGCUCAUCUGCCUUGUCCCUGAAGCCUGGGCCAGAGGGGGCCUUGGGUGCCAGCUUUGAGUACACGAUCCUGGAUCCCAGCUCCCAGCUCUUGCGCCCAAGAGCGCUGCCCCCUGAGCUGCCCCCCACCCCACCCCACAUAAAGUACCUGUACCUCAUGGUGUCUGACUCUGGCAUCUCAACGGACUACAGCUCAGGGGGCUCCCAGGAAGCCCAGGGGGACUCAUCCACUGGCCCCUACUUGAACCCUUAUGAGAACAGCCUCAUCCCAGCCACUGAGCCUUCACCGCCCAGCUACGUGGCCUGCUCCUAGGACUCCAGCCCUCAGAUGCUUGGGGACCCAGCGUGACCUCAAGUGCUAGCCCAGGCCCUAGACUUAUUGAGCAGGGUUGGUGAGGGCUCCCUCAGGACCAGGGGCAUUGCUAACCUCGGCUUUCUGCCCAAUCUGUCCUGCUCAGUACAGCCUUGGAGUAUUUUAAAAUGUAUAGAGUUGUAUGAGUGUA